AGUGUUUCUGAUUUUUUUUCUUUCUAGUUUUCUCCUGAUUAUAAUUUAUGGUUUUAAUUACGAUGGAAAUGGGUUAAAUUUUUAUAUUGUAUUGUUGCUAUGUUGACCUAACGGUGGUUGUUUGCUAAGUGAAGGCAUUGACCAGUGAACACUUGUAAAUUGCUACAAUACUUUAUUUAAAGUGGGAAGCGUUUUUUCUUCAAUAAAUGUUAACAGGAUACAUGGAAAGUAUUUUCAUUAGGUGGCAAAGGAACCUGAAGCGGUGAUAACUAAUAACCAAUCUGAAGUUUGUGUUGCAAAGAAAAUUGUGACCAUGAUCCAUAUUACUUCAUGGUGGUGUAAAAAUUCAACGGUUCUUGUGAUGAUGUUUGAAUCCACUAAUUGUUGAUGACUUGGUUUGGUAUGCUAGCUAAAUCUCAUGCUUUCCAAAUAAUUCUCAUGGUGGAUGUAUCUGCUUUCAACACAUGCUUCCAAAGGAUGAUAGUUGGUAUUGAUAUUUGAUUAUCAGUUACAUAGCAGACUAAAAAGAAAGAAUUGAAUCUUGCACUGCUAAUCAGUGAAAGUUUUCCUACAGUUAUUUCUUUGAAUCUGAUAUACCAUCUGCAUCCCUUUUUUUUCUUCUAUGUUUGUUUCCUCCAUAAUUACCACAAGGGAUUGUAUGAAAGAUAAUGACCAAUUUAGUAGUAGUUUGACAUCCUUGUGAUCUAGUACCAUGAAGAUUCAGGACUAUUGACUCGUUCAUAGGAUCAUCAAAAUGAAGAAGUUGUAUGGAGGAGUUCUGAUUGCCUCACUGUUUACGUUGUUUAUGCUUAUGAUCCUGCGAUACGGGGUCAUGAAAAAUCCUAUUGGUGAAGGUUAUCUGACUAUACCUGUCCUCAUUAAUGGUACUAAUCCUCUAUUAUGGAUAAAUCCCACAGUACCGGAUGCUAUUAAAAAACAUCCAGAUGGUCAUUCUCAAGUUAUUUCUUCUGAUAUUUUAGUAUCUAGCCUCUUUACUGGGAGCAACUUUUCCAAAGAAGAGCAACAAGCUCUGCAGACAUGGAACCAAUUGAACCACUUAAUUGAUAAUGUUCAGGGUUUACCCAAUGCAGCAGAAGCUAUCAAGGAGGCUGCCAGUGUGUGGAAUAGCCUUAUUUCCUCAAUUGAAGAGCAAAAGCAAGGUCAUGGAAAUGAUAGUUCAAGAGCUAAAGAGAAGCAGUGUCCCCAUUUUCUUAAUAACAUGAAUUCCACUGAACUUGGUAAUAGUAGUUAUAAACUGCAAUUACCUUGCGGCCUGACACAAGGUUCUUCCAUCACCAUAAUUGGCAUUCCAAAUGGCCUGCUAGGUAAUUUUCGGAUUGACUUGACUGGAGAACCACUUCCUGGGGAGCCUGAUCCUCCAAUUGUUUUGCACUAUAAUGUUCGGCUUCAUGGGGAUAAAAUCACUGAGGAUCCAGUAAUUGUCCAAAACUCCUGGACUCAAGCUCAUGAUUGGGGUGAAGAGGAUCGUUGUCCAUCCCCUACUCCUGAAAAGUUUGACAAAGUUGAUGAUUUGGAGCAGUGCAAUAAGAUUGUAGGGAAGAACAUUAGCCAACGUCACCCAGCUGGCAUGCAUUCCCACACUUCAAGACAAUCUUCAACAAUGGACGAACAAUCAGUAAAUAGGAAAUACUUUCCUUUUAAGCAAGGUUACCCAUUUGUGGCAACUCUUAGAGUGGGAUCUGAAGGAAUCCAGAUGACAGUUGAUGGGAAGCACAUAACCUCGUUUGCUUUCCGUGAAACUUUGGAGCCAUGGCUAGUCAGUGAAAUAAAAAUCUCAGGGGACCUCAAAUUAAUAUCUAUUCUUGCCAGUGGUUUGCCCACAUCAGAGGAUUCAGAGCAUAUUAUUGACCUAGAAUCAUUGAAAUCAAGUCCUAUAUCUGCACAGACCCCAUUGGAUCUCUUCAUUGGUGUUUUCUCUACUGCUAACAAUUUCAAGCGUCGGAUGGCUGUUAGAAGAACCUGGAUGCAGUACAAUGCAGUUCGAUCAAAUACAACAGCUGUGCGCUUCUUUGUUGGUUUGCAUAAAAGCACUGUAGUUAAUGAAGAGUUGUGGAGAGAAGCACGGACUUAUGGAGACGUGCAGCUGAUGCCAUUUGUUGACUACUACAGCCUCAUCACCUGGAAAUCUUUAGCUAUCUGCAUUUUUGGGACACAAGUUUCUGCAAAGUUUGUCAUGAAGACAGAUGAUGAUGCAUUUGUCCGGGUAGAUGAAGUUCUAGACUCUUUGCACAGAAUCAAUGCGGAUCAUGGGUUACUAUAUGGACUCAUCAAUUUGGAUUCCAGACCUCAUCGAAAUACAGAUAGCAAAUGGUACAUCAGCCCAGAGGAAUGGAGCGAAGGAACUUAUCCUCCUUGGGCACAUGGUCCCGGCUAUGUGGUCUCACAUGAUAUCGCUAGGACGGUGUCCAAGAAAUUCAGAGAGAACCAUUUGAAGAUGUUUAAACUAGAAGACGUUGCAAUGGGAAUCUGGAUCGCUGACAUGAAGAAGGAAGGUCUAGAAGUUCGCUAUGAGAAUGAGGUCAGAGUGUACCCUGAAGGUUGUAAGGAUGGUUAUGUGGUUGCCCAUUACCAAGGCCCUAGGGAGAUGCUCUGUUUGUGGCAGAAGCUUCAGGUAGAUAAACGUGCAAAAUGCUGUGGUGAUAGUAGGAAAUGAUUGAUGACUGACCAGGUUACAACUUACUGAAAAUAAAUAAAAGAAAAAGAUCCCCCUUUUGAAUGGCUGGGGAGCUUGUAUAAUGAUUAGAAUAGUUAGCUUUAGCCUGAAAUUAUUAGAAAUGGUUAAUGGUAGGGCAUAUUCUUAGUCAUUAAUUCGUUUAAGUAAAUCUGAUGAUUGUUCUAUGUAGAGAGAGAGAGAGAGAUUUGUAUAGAUCGGUCAAUCGGAAAUAGUUUAUCAGAUUUUCUGGCACCUAAUCAAUUUUGAUUGAGAUGUCAUUAUACUAAGAAACCACAAUUUUUUAUUUUUA